CCGUUCGCUCAGUUGGCUGGCUGGUCAGAGUCGAAGUUGAACUCGUCGGAGUAAAACGUGUGUGUUUUGAGCUACGGAGUCGCCGAGCCUGGCCAUAGUAUCGUCAUCGGGUCGCGCUGAUGGUUGAUGGUGGUGACUGCGCCAUACCAACCUCCACAAAACUUUAAAGUUGGAUUUUUUUUUGCUGCAUAAGAAGGUGGGCUCCGCCGAUGCUGACAUCGAUGUGAGUUUGGUGAGGACAGUGUUUAGUGCGGGUAACAAAGUACUGAAUUUGAAAUCUACUGAAAGUGGUUCAGAGUGGAAUGUUGGUUCUGUGUAAAAUGGCUUUGGCCACGCGUAGCCCGGAAGAAGUGAAUGGAUUUGGAAAGUGACGAAAAUUUCAGACGGGGAAAAAUAGAAGAGGCACGGGAAAAUCGGGCUGCUGACUGCAGUUGGGUGUGUGUGUUUUGAUUUUUCCUCGGUGGCGCCGUUCCCGAGAGUAGUUCUUGGAGUUUGCAGUGGAGUUGUAGUUCUGCGGUCGCGAGGGGUGUGUUGUCGUAUGGUGUAUCGAUUAAAGUGCCGCGACUUGGUGGCACGUACAGCACUCGAAUUGAAGAAGUGAAAUCCAUCGUAAGAGAAAAAGCAGACGAAGGUGGGUGCACUUGCUGGUCUUUAACCUCCCCGCGACAAGGUGGGCCAAGCGACGAAUCCCCGAGUUCACAGGAAGAGCAGUGCGUGCGGAGAAGAUUGUCAUCCCCCGUAAAAGUAGAAGUCAGUGAAGCAGAAAAAGGGGUUUGCAUCUACCUUGGUCGAGGAAAAGGGUGUGAAGUUUCAAGUGCCGAGCCGAGCAUCACCGGGGGUGAAAAUCAAUGCGAAAAGUGGCAAGUUGAGCACUUGGAAAAGGCUCCUGUGGAGUUCUGUGUGCGUGCGUUUCAUGGAAAAGCUGCAUUCGGUGGAAAAUCCUUAGCGGAAAAUUGGAAUCCAUGUUGUGAUCUGUGAGUCCAUAACCCUGGGAGUGAGUGUGCGUGUUUUUCGUCGAAUUCGAGCCGCCGCAGCAUCCACCGCAACCGGAAGUGUGAGAAGAAAGUGCUGAGCCGCGAAGUAAUUCUUCCGUCAAAUAAAAAAAAUCUGUCAAACCUUGUCUGUGGGUCUGCGUCUGUACUUCCGCCGAAAUGGAUCCACCAGCAGUGCCGGGGUUUUUGGUUGAACUGCUGCACUCGGUGCCGCAUAUUAACAUCACCUUGCACCGGGUAAAUGACACCUUCAACCCGAACAGCUCCAUCUACAUUGAGAGCCUGGGCAUACUGGCCUCGAUUCCGGCCGCCCUGCUGAUCAUCUCGCUGGUGUUUCUGCUGCUGUACCUGCUGACCCGAUGCUGCGACCGGAAGCCGAGGAAACCGAAAUCGCACGGCUGCCAGAAGUGCACGCUGGUGUUCUUCGCCAUCGUGUGCUGCGCGGCCAUCGGGCUCGGUCUGUACGGGAACGACGACCUGCACAACGGAGUGCUGCAGAUAUUCGGAUCGGGGAGGAAAAUCGAGGAGCUCAUACUGAGCGUGAGGAAUCAGACUGAAAUGGUGAAGUACAACCUGAAGACGAAGGUGGUCCUUUCGGAGCUGGAGGCCAAAUUCGAGCAGCCACCGCAACUGUACAAUCAAACGGCCCAGUAUCUGCUGCAGGACACGGUCAAAAUGGUCAAGGACAACACGACGAUGGCAAUCAAUGCGCUGGAAACGGUCGUCUAUCUGACGCGACCCUCACACUCGGAGAUGACGCUGAAUAGUUUGCUCAAUACGUACGAAUUCUACGAAGAGCUACGAUGGCCGGCCACGCUCGGAUUUCUGACCUUUCUGUUGCUGUUGUGCAUCAUUCUGGUCAUCGGCGCCACGCGCAGUUCCCGCUGUGCGUUGAUUUUCUUCAGCGUGUGUGGCCUGCUGGCCGUGACAGUGUGCUGGCUGCUGUCGGGGAUCUACCUGGCCAGUGCCGUGGCCCUGGGAGAUUUCUGCAUGAAACCGAACGAUUUCAUCUGUAGUCAGCAAAAACUCAAAGACGUUCAGUACACGUACUGCAGCUCGGUUGGCACCAAUCGGUACGUGCUGCGGCUGAACGAAUCCAAAGACUACGUCGACCGGGCCAAGGAAGCGCUGGACAUCGUUAACCGAAUUGCCAUCAACCUGUACCCGCGCUUCGAGAUGAGCUCGAAGAUCAACCGGCUAAGCGAGGAGUUGGACGACAGCAAACGGCAGCUGAUCGCCCUGUCGGCUAGGGCCGACCGCCGCGCUGUCAUGGAGCACUACGCCAACGCCACCCGGGGCCUGUGCGAGGGCGGCCUACUCGGGCUAACACUGAUGCUGCUGGCCAGCUUGGUGUCGGCCGCCAUCCUGAGUCUGCUGGUGUGCGUCGAUUCGCAUACGUGGAUCUAUUUAACGAAGAAACGACCCUAUGAGGACAAAUCGGAGACGGCUCCGCUGUUCCCAGCUGGAGCGGCCACAGCAUCGCCAGCGUCGGCGCAGAUUACGGCUGGCACGAUGACGGUCAACCGGACGCUGCUGCACGCCCAGGCCACCACCAGUAACGGAAGCACCGGAGGCGGCCUUAUUCCGAGCAGCGGCCGCAACGGAACCACACACGGAUUGCGCGGGUUGGCAUCGUACAAUGGCGAUGAGUCGCCACCGCCAGAUUAUAAUGUUGUGGUGCAUGAUAACAGAGCGUCCGGGCAUCACACCCUUGGCCGAUUACCAUCGCAGCAAAGCCAUUUAGCAGGGCCGAAUAACGGCAAAUACGCAACGCUUAGUAAACAAUGUAAAACGCUCGAAUCGAGCGACUUCUACUGAGACACGCCUGCCUGCAAUGUGUCAAGUGCAGGCAGCAACAAACUAGGUGAGUUCGGAACUCCCACAAUCUCCCACAGCAACGCACCACCCGCUAAGAGAGUCUUAGCUAACGAACCGCCUGUCGAUACGUUUGCAGAUAAGAAACUGACCGCCUCAACUACCACCCUAGCCACCGAUAAGGACCCUCGUGACAUUAGCAACAAUGGUUUUAACCGCUUCGACCCCAAAUAUGUGAGUAUUGGUCCAAAAGCGAUUCGAACUGCCAGUAACCCAUCGACAGCCAACGUAAACAAGUGCGCCACAUUGCGUGCUCAUGGUCGUUAUGCCAGUGGAGGACGAGGCACAAGCCCAAGUCCUCACCUGAAGAGCGUUCAACAGCCGAUGGUUGCUCAGUCACAGUUCAAACAACCACAGACGCAACACACUCAGUUGCAAGACAAACCGGAUCGCCAUACAACGAAUCAACCGAAGUUGAACAUCUCUACAGUAUCCAAAGACUACAAUCAAUCAUACUCAUGUGCUACAUUGCCCUACAAGAAGCCCAGCGGGUUCGCUGAUGGGCCAACAACAUCUAUUCUGAAGAAAGAAAGUAAUUUAGACAACAAACAUCAACAUCCGACCAUCUACAGCAUCGAUACGUCUCAUCAUCAGUCGGCUGCGCAGACGACUCAGCACCAUCGGUCACUCUCGAGCACAAACCAACUGUACCACGAAACAGGCGCAGGUUCGGCUUUCGCUAGCCCGCCGCCAUCAUCCGCCUCGACGGCCACCACCAAAAGUAAUAUAUCGAUUAUCAACCAACCACUGCCAGAGAUUCCGACCGCGGCCCAGCAGAACGUUAGCAGUCUGAAGAACAAUCCGCAGCCGCUCUGCGCUGCCACGCUCAACCAGUACCGAUCGCUGCAGCGGCCGAGUAAGCAGAGUUCGCUCAGUCUGAAGGAAACGUCUCCGCAGCCGCAGCAGCACCACCACCACCAGCAGCAGCUGCUUCAGCAACAACAAUUGCAACAGCAACACCAGUUGCAACAGCAGCACCAACAGCAUCAUCCACCACCGGUGCAACCGAAGCCAUCGAUACCGCCCAAGGUAACACCACCGAUGCUUCCGCCGAAGAACCGCCACAAAGACGAAUCCAUGUACCAAUCCCGGACCUCGUCAGUCUCCUCCAGCACCGGCAGACCUCAACAACCAUUACCUCAACCUCCCUCGCACCAAUCGUCUUCAUCAUCGCUGCAGUCCUACGGUCACGUUGUCACUGCCAGCGGCAAGACCAACUUCAACGCCAUUCAGCUCCAACUGCAAAACCAACUGCACUUCAAACAGUACCAUCAACUGACGCAACAACCCUGGCAGCGGGAACAACUCUCCAUGGCGCAGCAGCACGCCUCGGCCAAUUAUCAGACGCACGAUUCUCGGUACGAGCCAAAGUCCACCCGAAACCGCUCGUACUCGGGAAGCAGCGAGCGAGAGCAACAGCACCAUCAACAGCAGCAACAGCAAAUGCAACAGCAGCAAUACCAAAAGAGCAGCGGUGAUAAGCAGAAGCAAAGCUACCAAACACUACCGAAAAACCAUCAUCAUCAUCACAGCAGCGGAGGAGGCGGUUCUUCGAACACGACAUCAUUUAGCACGCAAACACAACCGCAACCACAGCAAUCAAUGCCGCAUCAUCAUCACCAUCCGUUGCCACAGCAACCGCAGCAGCAGCAGCAGUCACAGCAGGCUGUGACUCAACAGCCGAUGCAGCCGAAGAGCAUCCUCAGCAAGUCGCGCUCAAAUGAAGCACGCGAACGUGAACGCGAACACCGGGAUCGUGAACGUGAACGAGAAAGGGAACGAGAGCGCGAACGCGAACGGGACCGGGAGCGCGAACGUGAUCGAGAUCGCGAACGGGAACGGAGCUCUCACAGAGGGCACAGUCACGAGUAUCAUCACGAUGCGCGCUCGGAGAGCAACAAAAAUCCGAACGUCUACUAUCGAUCUCUUCAGCGCGGAGGACUACAGGCCAAUAAUGAUCUCUACUCGGUGACGGAGUUGUGAGAAAGGUUUGACUUUUAAGUUUGUUUCUAGAUGUGUUUCGUUUACGGGGAAAAUUUUCUCUUUCACCAUCAUUUCAAAAGUUGGUUCGAACUGCCCUCCAUUUCGAUUCUUAUGAUAACAAACAGAACGGGAUUUAAUUAUUCGACGAAUUCGAACUUUAGCGAAUACAUGACAUGGCUGCCAGUGGCGCAUCUGAAGGAGGAGAGUUUGGGGAUCUAAUCUUCAUCGGUUGAGUUUUCAACAAUCUGAAUUUAUUGAUGGUUCGUAACAACAAUCUCGUCGCAACCCAUUUCUCCUUCGAAGAGGCGUUUAAUUCUGGCCCGACCCAGAGGCGAAACGAAUACAAUACGUAACCAAACGAACACUGACACAAACACAAGAAACGAUCGACUAAAGGCACGACAAUUCACUCACACAAACAUGCAGCGCACCCAAAUAAAGUAAAUUGAGAAGCAAAUUCAAAGCCAGAGAUGUAAAUAGUCGUAGGUUGAUGAUGUUUUACGUGAAUUAUUGAAAAAAAGCAUAAUACAAGUUUUAAAAACGCUAACAAUGAGAUGUAGAGAGUUGAACAGAAGUUUUCACAACACAAAAACAAACCCAAAAAUUACGCAGUGGCGAUGCCAAGCUGUUGUUAAUGUUAAUGAAACGGAUAUUCUUCAUUAUUAGAAGCAAUCCAACUUCACUGUACGAAAGAGAUAUCCCUCACAAGAACACACGAAGGAAAACACGUAGGAUAAGCUGAGCUGAACGAAAAAAAAAUCAUUACUAGUAAAAUAUUUGAAAAUCGAGGAAAAAACAAUAGAAAUAGGGUUUAAAUUUCGAACGAAAAAAAAAAAUGCAUUCUAACUCAUCCCCAAGUUGCCACACGUUGCCAUCACUGUCGCGAUUUGAUGACAUUCAUCUUCUUCAGUAGGAAACUUAGCGAAAGAUCACGCACCAUCCCCUUUCACACAGACACAACCAGAGCGCAAUGCAUCCAUUUUCGAAUUAAGCAACGCCAAAUUAAUCGUAACACCACUCGUAGGAAGCAAAUGAAAUAAAAAAGACCUAACGUAGACUUAAUUACGAAAUACCAAUUCAAAGGAAAAUACAAUACGCUAAUGCUGUUGCAAAAACGGGCUUUGUUGCGUUGGAAAAUUUUAUUUGCAUUUGUUCGAUUGAAUUAGUUUAAUCGAAGCUUUGGUUGAUCACUUUGAAUAUUUUAAGGUGAAGGUUGGCUGCGCAACAUUUUCAGUUCACUUGUACCAGAACUAGAAAUUGCAAGGUGAAGAGCAGCUGGCCAUUGUGAUGGCUUAUCUGCAGACCUCCUUCAAUCAUAUCCUUGCUAAAUCGUGAAUCUCUCAUUAUCAUGGUUUAAAACAAUGUAGAACCUUUUCAUGUAAGCAUUGUAUCACGAUCUCACAGUACUGAUCGGAUUCAAUAGAAAAAGCUUAAGGUUCUUCAUAAUUGGCGAUAAAAGAGUCCCUUUGAACUUUUGGCCCUUUUAAAUAUCGUGAUUGUUUUUAAUCAUCGAUCAGUUUCAGGAAUCGAUAUUUUCAUCGCGAAAUUUUGUACGGUCAGUUUCUUAUCUUGUUUUACACCUGCCUAAAUAUUAUUUAAAACAUAUUUAAGAACUGUAACGAACUGGAUAUAAUUUGCAGUCACUAAAUGUUAGAAAACAACCCAACAAACUCGCAACGUAAGAAGACAAAGUUACAUCUAAGCCCCCAAAAAGCUGAGUAUUAGGGAGUUUAAAAAAUCUUUUUUAUACUGAAUACUUCUGAACCUUAAGAAACCCUCAAGAAUAUAAUCAAACAUCGCAAGAUGGAAUCAAACAAAUAAAAAAACAGGAAAUUCUCCCCUCACUGAAAUGGAAGCAAAACUACCCCCAACUAUUCUAUGUAGUUAAAAAACACAAGAGAAAGCCGAAGAAAAUGUCGUUGAAACUUUACUCGUUAAGAAUGGCGCUCGUAAUAACACAUAGAAGAAAGAAUUGUAGCAAUUUACAAAUAAUAAAAAGUCGAAGCUCAAACUUAAGAAAAAAUACAAUUGUUAAGAAAACGGGCAAUGCAAAUUAGCACAGCUGAAUGUUGAUAGAAUGAGCAUAUUUAAAUUAUUGGAAAAUGUAUUGAAAUAAAAUUUGGGUCAAUUUAAUCAAAUAGCGGGUGUGGAUAAAAAAUCACAAAACGGGACACUGGAGCGGGUGAUAGGAAGAAAAAAUGCUAAAUGAUUUCCCCUUGAAUAUUUUUUUUUUCAGAGUAAGAGGAGCGAACGUAUUUUCUUUUUAAUUUGAUGGUGUGAGUGGGCUUGUGGUUGGUUCCGAAUGAGACUCGUAAGAGUGCGUAUCUUCAGUAUUGAUUCAGGGAUCCCAUUUUCGAACAUGUGCAUUACGCAUGGCAUGUGAUUAUUGUUUGGAUUGUUCUACGCACGUUGGGAACAAUCACCAGAAGGCGCUGUUUAAUGACUUUUACGAAUUAAAAAAUGUCAAUAGGAUGAUUACCGACCGAAAACAGGCAGACUUCAGGUGGUUGUUCCCAAUACUGCCACAGCCGAAGCAUGUUCAGAAAAGAAAAAAAGUGUAAAAUAGACUCUGUAUUGUUCGACAAGAAAAUUCAUACGAAACUAGUGAAAACAAAGCAAAAAAAAGUUGUGUAGGAAUACAAAAAUAAAAGAACUUGAAAUCAAUACCAAGAAAUAGUCUGAAAAAUUAAAAUUUAAAACAAACAUAAGAAAUUACGAAUCUAAGGAAACAUGUUGAAAUUUAAAAGACACUCAAUGAAAAUUUAUGAAAACGGAGGUGCAUUUAGGACGGUAGAGAAAACAAAGCAAAAUUUCAUGAAAAAAACCUUUACCCGGUGGUAUUUAAGACAACUUACUUUUAAAAGAAAUCAAUGGGUAAGAAGCAGAUCGUUAGAUUCUCAUCCAAGAAAAUGAGGCGUAUGAUUGGGAGGGCAAGGAGAAAGGAAAAACCCAAAUGAAAAGUUUUGCCUAUUUUGUAAGAUUUGCCGGUUAUUUUUUAAGGAAACGUGAAAAUCGAUCAGCAAAACGGGAUUCCGGACAACAGUUGACGGGUCCGAAUGACCGGGGCUGGGGAACUGCGAUAGUAGCGAUAAGCGGGGAGCGUGUUUUAGACAAAGAAUCUGAAAACCCACGCGCCAGCGUACGUGUGUUAACAACAUUGUAAAAGGGUGCCAUCGUUUUUUAAAGACAUCAAUGAUCAAAACUAGUUUUUCUCAAGUUAGUCUUAGGCAUUUUUUUUAAAAAAGGUUUCUGUUGAGCUUCUUCCUCGGUUUAUCAGUCUCAGAAAAAAAGAAGAAAAUCGAUUUAAGUUGUAAAUAUUCGUCGAGAUUUCCUUUGCGCUGCACAAUUUAGCGAAGCAAAGCACGUAGAUAACAGAAAUAGCGAAUAAGUAAUUAGAUUUGCUACACUUCAUCAUAGUUCAGCGAGUUCGGUGAACGUACGUUGAGAACUGUGCGAAACUAUCUAUCUGUAGAAGGAAAUGUAAGCCAAACAAUGAACUUUUAUUUUGUAUUUAUUUUUUGUAUUCCAUUAUGAAAUAUUUUAUUUCGUGUCUACUAUUGAGAAAGCCGGAUUAAUAAAUGAAAUGGAAAAAUUAACAUAAA